AUGAACAGCAUAGCCACAAUCUGUUUCAAACCCUGUGUUCCUUCCCCAAAACUAUGUCCCAAAACCAGCUUCAGAAAAUUCCCUCUAACAACAAUACCUCGUUCCAGUCUUCAAGAUUCUCAACCACCAAACUCAACCCAACAACAACAACUCAACCUCUCCGUUCUUCGCUUCACAUUGGGGAUACCUGGAUUGGAUGAAUCCUACUUGCCCAGGUGGAUUGGUUAUGGCUUUGGUUCGCUUCUCCUCUUGAAUCACUUUAUUGGGAGUGAUGCAGUCGCUGUUACACCGGCUCAGCUUAGCACUGAGGUUUUGGGUCUGUCUUUGGCUUCCUUCUCAAUUGUGCUGCCCUACCUAGGUAAAUUUCUCAAGGGUACUCAACCAGUGGAUGAAAAGACUAUACCAGAUGGUACCGAGCAGAUAUUUGUCAUGUCAACAGAGAUAGUGAAUGGCCUGAAGGAAGAUCUGGCUUGGGCAUCAUAUGUUCUGUUGCGUAAUACAAAUGCCAUAGCUAUGCUAAUUUUUAUUCAAGGACAAAUAUGUACAAGGGGAUACUGGAACAUACCAGAUGAUACAUCAAAAGAAAUUCUUCCGGGUUGGUUUAAGAAAAAAAUUGAAAAAGCUGGCCUGUACGAUCUGAAAGACACCCUAUAUUUUCCUCAAGACGCAGAUUCUGAAUUUCAGGAUCUGGUACCUACAGGCACUCGCUGUCUUCUGAUCCAACCAGUCUUACAUGCUUCUAAUGAGAGUGAUAGUGGCUUGCAAAAACCUGAUGGAUUCAUUCUGUUGGCCUCAACUACAAGGUAUGCAUUUAGCAAUAAAGACAAAGCCUGGAUUGCAGCCGUGGCAAACAAAUUUAGAGGAUUUAACAGCUCAAAGUCAAGGCUUUCUUGGUUAAAUUAA